UUGACAGCGACUCUUUCUUCUUCCCGAUGGAAUCCUUCUCCUCUAUUACCUUCUAUUCUAUUCUUCUUCUUCAGAAUGCGAAUUUUGUAAGUUUUUGUUCUGAACGAUCGUUUCGACCUCCAUGUCAGACCCCGAUGUCACGAUCACUCUGGGACGCUCUGGUCGGGUGGUCAGGAGAGGAGCAACAUCGAGGAGUUUGAGUGGACGGAAGCGAACGAAUGGACAGAGUCAACCUACUGGUUCGUUUGCCUCAAACAAAAGGCAACGGGGAAAUGGUAUCGCGUGGAACUCCCGUGUCAAUGUAGUAGAUGCUCCCCAGGUUGGCAAAAAUGAUCUCAGAUUAAAACUGAUCCAUAAAAGCCUAUCUAAGCAAAUAGUGGGUGUCAGUAAAGGACAGAGGAGGAAGAAACUGCAUGAGAAUCUGUUAAAAUCAUCUCAGUCAUGGUCUGGUGUUAGCAUGCUGCAACAAAGUCACGAACCGAAGAGAACUAGUAUUUUGAGACACAUGCCCCCUGAAGAAGUUAUAUAUGAUCUUCAAACAGGAGUGUCAUUGAGGAAACCUGACUCUGUGCAUGAAAUGACUGGAAGAUGGGCAGGGCUGGGGCCUACUACAAUGAAAACUACAUCAGGAACAUCUGGGCCACGUGUACAAUAUGCAUCACCUAGUGGCAUGGUGCAGAGAAGUUCACACAUGGGGGAACAGCCUCUCACAGUUUCAAGCUUUUUGCAUUCGCUUGGCUUAGACAAAUAUGCCAUUCUUUUCCGAGCUGAAGAGGUAGACAUGACAGUAUUGAAGCAGAUGGGAGAUGAGGACCUAAAAGAGUUGGGGAUACCAAUGGGACCAAGGAAGAAGAUUCUUAUUGCGAUGAAGGCCUGUUCAAAACGACAUCCACCUUAGCUGCAAUACUAGAUGUUUAUGUAAAUGAAUUUGUGUGAUUUCAGAAGUUAAAAGAGUGUAAGUAACAGGUAAUAUAUUUCAACAUUGAGAUGAAGAUUUGCCGUUGAAGUACUCCAACAA